CGAGAGGCGCGCGGGGGGGCGGGGUUGGACUGUGUGAGCAUUGCUGGCGCGCGCGGUUGCUUCCUGUCACGGCUGCGCGGCCGUUGCCUCGCGCCGGCCGUUGGGGCGCCCGCGGCGCUGCGCGUUUCCAGCUCUUUCGGGGCUGGCUUGGGAGGGGGCAGGGGGAGGCCGCGCGGCCUGGGCGCGCGCAGCGGUGGCUCGGAUCUUCUCGGCUUUACCGCUGUGGUGAAGCAGCUGCAGGCCGGGCCCGGGGACCUCUCGCAGUUCCUCCCCUCCUAAACGCCUCACCGCGGGCCCGGCGUCGCGGUGGGAGGGCCCGUGAGAACGUAACCGGUGUAGGUAGCCCGCGCUGCAAGAGGGAGGUUAAGAUCUGCUGUAAAUUAUUAAAAGCAGCCAGGUGUCGAGCGCCGGGGGCGUGAAAGGGGGCCUGGGUCUGUGUACAUGCCCGGAGGUGACGAGGCGGGGAGCCGCCGGCUCCUGCUUCUAGGGAAACAUUAACUUCCAGAGCUGUGCUGUCAUUCAGAGAAAGUGGAAAGUAUAGUGUUGAAAACAACACUAGGCGAAAAAGAAUGCAAAUUCCCAUUUUUACCGUUGAUGCAUUUACAAGCUGGUCAUUUUCUGGAAAUCCUGCGGCAGUUUGUCUGCUUGAAAAUGACUUGAAUGAAGAUUUGCACCAAAAAAUUGCAACAGAAAUGAACCUCUCAGAAACUGCCUUUGUCAGAAAACUGCAUUCCAUGGAUGACUUUACCAAAAGUUCCUGCUUUGGACUGAGAUGGUUCACUCCAACCAAUGAAGUUUCUCUCUGUGGUCAUGCUACACUUGCAGCAGCUGCUGUGUUGUUUCGCAUACAAAAAAACACAAAUUCAGUUCUCACUUUUGUGACUCUGAGCGGCGAAUUAAAAGCUAGACAAGCAGAAGAUCAUAUUGUCCUGGACUUACCGCUUUAUGUAACCUACCCACAGGUAUUUCAGGAAGUGAAAGAAUUAAUAAAGGCAGCCGUAGGUGACAUGGUUGUUCAAGAUCUCCGUUACUCUCCUGACACAAAGAAACUCCUAGUCCGUCUCAGUGAUGCUUAUGAAAGAUCCGUGUUGGAAAAGCUGCAAGUGAGAGCACAAGAUUUUCUGUCAGCUGAGAAGACUGGAAAGGUGGAAGGACUCAUACUGACUCUUAAGGGAGGUUCCAGUGGAAAACAUGAAGGCUAUGAUUUCUACUCCAGAUAUUUUGGACCUUGGAACGGAGUUCUGGAAGACCCUGUUACAGGGUCUGCCCAUGCUGUUUUAGGCAGCUACUGGUCAGAGCAGCUGGGGAAAAAAGAAAUGCUUGCCUUUCAAUGUUCUCGCCGUGGAGGAGAAUUGAAGAUUUCACUACGUAAUGAUGGAAGAGUUGACAUUGCGGGGCAAAUUGCUAUUGUAUUAAAAGGCAGUCUGACUUUCUGAAGAAAUUGACGCUAGCUGUUUAAUCACCCACACCUCAGUUUAUUCGUAUUAAGCUAAUUCCUGCUUAGUUUUAGGUGGUAGAUCACCAGUGUCUUCAAAAACCUUUGAUUGCUUAAUGUCCAUUUAAAAACUUGCUUGCAAAUGUUCACACUGCUCUUCAAGAUCUUCAGUUUUAUCUUUACUUUUUUCUCACCACUUCAUAUGUACACUGAUAUCAGAAAUUGUCCAAGGACAGCUGUUUUCUUUUUCCACUCUCAACUGACUUUUUUUCUUUACAUUCAAAUCCCAUGUUAAAAGCCAUUUCUCCUUUCUAGAUCUGUUUGUAAAGUUCUCUGACCCAUAAAAUAGUCACUUUUUCGAUAUUCAGUCAUUCUGCAUGAAAUAUGACUACAGUCUUUAAAAAAAAAAAAAGUUUUUGCCAUACCUAGAAAUGAUGUUUAUAAUCUGUGUUCAUUAAUUUACUUGAAUUAAACCAUGAAAAAAACAGAAGUAGUUUAGAAAAAUGCUUUGUGGUUCUUUUUUAUGAACAGGAUUUUCAAAGGUGGCUGGUAUUGUGACUUACGGUACUGUAGCUUGGUUGAUAUUCUUAAUUAACGUUUUAGAAAGAUUUAGGAAAUUAACAGUGAUAUCCUUAAAAUCUGAAAGAAAACAUUACAGAUUUUACUUUUUGAAGACUGAAAUUUUGCUCCUAAAUUUAAGUCUUCUGUAGUUUUCUUCAUAGAGCAUACUGCUUCAGAUUUUGUCAUUUUUUCCUUUAGUGUUCUCAUCUUGCUUUUCUCUAGGUUCACUAGGAAUAUUGAACUGUUCCAGUUACUCUAGUGCAAACUUUAUUUCUUCUUUCUAAUCACUUCUGUUCUAAACUUUGUUUUAAUUUUUCUUCUUUGUGAUCUUUCAGGAUAAAGUAUUUUGAAUUCAAAGGCAUUAUCAUACUGUGGGAACAGCUGGGUGUGAUACAAACCUUUAUAAAUGACAAGGAACCCUGUUGUGCCAAAAUCCCCUGUUGCCAUCUUUUGCAAAUUUUAUCACAACUCAUAAUAGCUGAUGUUUUACUUAAGCUGAAGCAGCUGGAGGCAGGUAACAAUGUGAGACUCCUAGGAUUCAUUUAACAUAGAAGUUUCUAGCUCCUGUGGCUACACAGAACAUACUGAAAAUGUGAUCUAACUGCACUGCAAAGCUCCAGAGCUGGAUGACAAACAGAAGGAAUCUCCAAAUUGAAAUGCAUAUUCUUUUUCAGUGUUCAAUCUUUUUGAACUUCUGGUGCCUGAGAUAUGUUAUAUAAACAUGGGAUUAUCAGAUCCAAAACAUGGCUAUGGAGGCAAAUCUCAACAGCAGUGUUGCAGUGGCGUAUUUGGCAGCUACCUUAACCUUGCCUUUUCUAAAGCCAAAUUGCUGCCUUUCCUGCUAGUGACUUGGACCUUCCUGAGUAGGAGUACUAUAGCCUUGUUUUGCUGCAUUUGUCACUCCAUACUGGCUUAUGCAAAGAAUGAAUUUGGUCCAUAAUCUGGGAUACUUUAAUUAAAAAAAAAACCCACAACUUUCUAAGGGUAUAAAUGAACAAAAGAAGCAAUUACUGCUCACCUGUCCAGAUUUAACAAAUAGUACAAUUUUCUUACCCAAGGGCACCAGUAAUCAACAAAGCUCAGUAAAUUUUAAAUGUAUCUGCUAUCUAAAUUUCCUGACCAAAUCGAUAUACUUGCUGCUUAAUGCAUUUAUAUAUAUAUAUAGUUUACUACUACUUAGUCUCUGUUUUUGUUCAGGAUAGAAAAAUCACCAGAGCUCAGGUGGGAGACUAUGCAGUAAUGUGUUUGUAAUCAACAGAUUAGUUAAUCAGCCAUGAUUUAUUAAUGAUGAAUUAAUUAUACCUGAUUGUGCAGUUCUGCUGCCUAAAUGGAGCUUUAAAGGCGUUAUUUUAUUAAUCAUCACUGUGCUAAUUGCAGACACUUACAGAAGGAUCACUAAUUAAACAUGCAACCAUAUGCAAAAUAAGCAAGGCUGCUGAGAGUGGCAAGAAUAAGAGCACUCAUUUUUUGAAUAACAAACUUUAUUCUUCCUGAAAUACUGUGUAGUUGACCUGGUGAUGCUAAGACUUAGGCAUUGCACAUUUUCAGUCAGCAGUAAAGUAAAUAAAAUGUUGGGACAUAUUCUGUCUUUCCUAGUGCAAAAAACAAGUUGUGUGAAGAACUUCAAACUAAGGUACUUAGAGUUUGUGUAGCCUUGUGCACAUUUUCAUGCAAAGGAUUUGCCCAUUAGUUUUAUUAGCUGUAUAUAGUUAAUAAAACUUAAUAAGCUAGGGCAGGGUACUGAAAGCUGCUUGCUAGUUGCUGAGUUACCUUAGCACCAAAUAAAAUGUCCAACUACAUUUGAAAUGAGAACUCAGACUGAGUGUUUAUUCUCAAAACUCUGUGAGUUUCAUUUCAAAAAGAGAGGAACACACUGAUGUUCAAAUUUAGUAAAGUUAACUUCUAAGAGGCAGUUCAGUGUGGAAAAUAUAGAAAGGAAGCAAUACUUAAAGGUAGGUUUCUGUGAAUGGAAUAUUGUAAUUUAAAUAAAAAUUAGGGUCAUUUGACCUUCAGUUUGUGCAGCACAAUUUUUAGGUCCUUAUAAUGCUAAUAAUGUCUAAAUGUUGCAGAAUUUCAUUUCAUGCAGACGUUAUCAUCAUGGACUUUCAUGGCCUUUUUUUUUUAUGCAGGUUAUUAGGCCUCCUUCAUUAAUUAAAUAAAUCUUACUUUCAGAGAGA